UUUGAUGAAAGAUUUGAAAAAGAUACAAAAUUUAAGAAAUGGGUAUGUGAAAAAGGAAAAAAAAUUGUUGUUAAUUGGGAGAAAGAAGAAGAAUUUGGGUGGGAAUGAGUGCGAGUAUUGUGGUAGCUGAAGCUGUGUGGAAGCAGAUCGAGUCCACUCGAUUAGUGACUGAUGAUCAGCUUUCAAUCUUGCAUUUCUUGUUUGGCAAGAACUUCGAGCGAGCUACUCGAAUUGUUGAUCAAAGAGGGGUCAAGAAAAUUUCAGGCCACCCAAGCACACGAUCUAUCUUUCAGCUCGCAAUCAAGGGAAGCAUUGGGAAUGAGUACAAAAGAUUAUGGUUGUGGGAGAAUCUCGAAGGAAAGAGGAGUAUCUCUGUUUCCCAGAAAACUUUUGUGCCUGUUAUUCCUUCUUCUAUGACAUUGUGAACAGAGGAGAACAACUUUGUUGCAAGCAUCAAUUAGCUGCAAGGCUUGCUGCUUCAGUGGGGGCUUGCAUUGAAGUUAAAGUAUCUGAUGAAGAGCUGGCAAUAUUGUUGUCCAAUCUCUAAAAGCCUGUAAUGAUUUUAUCUAAGCCAACACUCUCAGUGCUCGAAGUUUCAGAGGUAAUCAAACCACAUAAUUGUAUGAACAGCAACCUUUUCCGGUUGUACUCAAGUAGCUUUUAUACUCGAUAUAGCUAUUGAGCUCAUGUAAAACUUGCACUAUGACCAUCACAACAUACUAGGUUUCACAGGUGAGCUGGUAAUUCUAAUUUGUUUGUGACUCACCAGUUACUAAUAUGUUCCGUUUUACGAGUAAAUGAAGACAAACCAACACAGCAGUAUUUCGAAAUCAAACACCUAUCUUCCUCUCCCA